GGGAAAUGCUCGGCGGACCGUGAAGCGUAACAGCCAGAAGAAGGACAAAGACGCACAUAGCGGGACAAAAUGGGACUGAGAGAAAUAGCUCUCAACUAAAAAAACAAAACAAGUUUGGAAUGAAUGCGUGGAUGGAUGUUAAAAGUAGUAGCGCCGGGAAGAAUCGAAACUAGCAAUGGCAGGAGAGUUCUAGUGUAAUAUCUGAGUUGUGUACAUUAAUUGUAGUUAGAGUUGUAAACUUUAGAUAGCCCAAUGGCGCGUUUCAGUGGCCACCUCAGAUUUGCACCGGUGAUGCGGCGACAGACUGCACUUUGGAGUUUGGAUUUCUCGUCUUUGAACGGACAUGCUUCCCGAAUUGACUUUUCCGUUUCUUGCAACUACGCGUGGUGAAUCCCCUGAGUCAGAUCUUGACUUCUACUGUUGCAAAUCUCACCGGGAGGAGCCAAACUCAUCCAAGGUGCAAAAGUGAGUGGAGAAUUUUUGAAAGAGCUGCGGUGUUAACAGGUUGUUUGUUGCGAAAACUCUCGGAUGAAAAGAAAACUUGUAUGAACUUCAGUGUGAAAGUUUCUGUGCCUGAGUCGCUCUGAUCCUAAUGUGCUGGUGGAGAAAGUGCACGUCACCGAACUACAACUCCAUCCAAGCAUGAAAUGUUGGUGCAGCGCCCUGGCACUUCUCCCGUGGGUGCUGGUGGCCUUGGAUGCACAGCUAAUAUGCUGGCAGGCGCUUCUCCGGUGCCACGACGAACCCGAGUGCGAACUUGCAUACAAUCAAUACAUGACAGCAUGUGAAGGUAACAUCAAAGGAACUAGAAAGCAAUGCCCCAGCCACUGCAUCAGCGCGCUGAUAAGGCUGAAUCACACCCGCAGUGGGCCAGAUCUGGAGACCUGCGACUGCGCUCAAGAUCUGGACUGCCUCAACGCCAAGCGAGCCAUAGAGCCGUGCCUGCCCCGAAGACACCCGAAGGACGCCGGAGGUAUAGGGUGCAUGGAGGCCCGGCAGCGCUGCGAGGAAGACAGCAACUGCCACACCUCCCUCGCAGCCUACAUGUCAUACUGCGGGCAGCUGUUCAAUGGCCGGAAGUGCUCCUCCAGGUGUAAAGCCACCAUUCAGCAGAUGCUGUUCAUCCCAAACGGCAUGCUUCUGAACCGCUGCAUUUGCGAUGGAGUGGAGAGGCCUUUGUGUGAAGUGGUCAAGGAGAACAUGAGCAAACUUUGCUCCAUAGGAGACCACAGCGUUGUUUCAGAGCCGACUAAAGGUUAUGAAGAUCCAAACAAAAACAAUUACCCUAAAAAUGACAAAAAGGUGGAUUUUAGUGAAAACUCCUCUGCUUCUCAGAGCUUAUCCAGAGGCGUGUUGCCCUUGUUUCUUCUUACAGCACGGAUAUUAUACUGAGGGGAUGGGUAUUUUUACAGUUUUAUGAAUAAAAUGUACUGUAAAAAAGCAAAAUGAUCCCGUAUUUAAUUUAAUAAGGACUUGGUAACUUUCUCAAAGACACUUGAGCAGGCGAUGCUUUGCUGGCAGAGGACUUGAAUUCAGGUCUGCAGGAUGAGAAAAGUUAUUUUUUCGUCCCUGGGCCCCUCAGACUUCUCGUGCUAGUUUCAUGGUGACAGACAGCACUGUAAUGGUUUGUGUAAAAUUUCCACAACCUUAGUAAUUCUCCAUGCACAUCUCACUCAGGAAGUAUUUCCUUUCGAUUUGUAUACUGUACAUGCUCCUUUUAGUUUUCCGAGUUAAAAUUCCCCACCAGUUUAAGUUAAAAGAAAGCUUUUGUCAAAAAUAUCAAAAACAUUUUCAUGUAGCAGUGAGAGGAAAUUAACCAGACCGUAUUUUGUUGAAGCGCACAGCCACUUUGUUUGCCCUCAAACAGCUCCUGUUUAUUUGGUUUGCUUUCAAUGGUACUUGAAGUGUAGCCUUAUUAAGACCUUGGACAAACAUUGGAUCCAUCCAGUCUCUAUUUGCUCUGCUCUCUAUUUCAGGGGCCUUUUCAUUGUUGCAACAGCCACACUUCAAAUAUUUGUAGGAACAGUGAGAGGACAGGCAAGGGUGUGUGAUCAAGUACUUAAAUUAACUGAAGCGCCUCUCCAGCUCUCUGUCUUGUUCCCCUCCCCCAUUUGAGAUUGUUUUAUUGAACUUUUCCUGAGACCACCCUCACCCCCUUCUUCCUCCAUUCUACUGCCUACCCCAUUUGAGGCCUCUAAGGAGACCCCUAUCUUUAUUACUGCUUUCACACUGCUGCUACACUCCAGGAACAACUGCCAGCUGCUGGAGUGAACAAGUCAGCGUACAACAUUUACAGUUUGUCCACAAGACUGCUCACAUCUACAGGUGGUCUGACAGUGCUUUGCUUUCUUUUUCCAAAGCACGAUGUUGGAUUUAAGCCACAUAUAUGUAACAAACUGUGCAAGUUAAGGAUGAGUAAGUCAGGUUUUAUGAACAAAACAAACUCUGCUGAACAAAACACCUAAAGUAACACCAAGCAACACUAAAGCAGCAAUGCAGUAAAUGGUAAACAAAACAUCAAGAAGUAGUCUUGAUGUUCACUGUGAGCAAACAUAGUUAUAAUUCCUUAUUUUAUGUCACACAGGUUGGCUUGAAGUUGAAAGUGUUUCUUCAUUUUGUCAGGAUACAUUUGUCAGGAUACUUUUAAAUUAAA